CAAACUUUAACAAUCGAGGAUCAUGACGCAGUUCCGCCGCUUCAGCAGCGCCACCAACACAUUGACCCGCCGCCUGGCCAACGAGAUCUCGGACAUCAAGGCUGCUGGAACGUACAAGAAUGAGCGUGUGAUCACGUCACCCCAAGGAGCGGUGAUCAAAGUUGCGGAGAAGGCGGUGCUCAACUUUUGCGCCAACAACUACCUCGGGCUGUCCAACCACCCCGACGUGGUGGCGGCUGCCAAGAAGGCGUUGGACACCCACGGGUUUGGGUUGAGCUCCGUGCGCUUCAUCUGCGGGACCCAAGACAUCCACAAGAAGCUGGAGCGUGCGAUCGCCGACUUUCACGGCACCGACGACGCCAUCCUGUACCCAUCUUGCUUUGACGCGAACGCGGGGUUGUUCGAGGCCAUUCUCAACAACGAAGACGCGAUCAUCACGGACGAACUGAACCACGCGUCCAUCAUCGACGGCAUCCGGCUGUGCAAGGCCGAGCGCCACCGCUUCAAGCACAUGGACGUUGCCGACUUGGAGGCCAAGCUCAAGGCGACACAGCACUGCCGCACCCGUUUGAUCGCUACGGACGGCGCAUUCAGCAUGGACGGGGACGUCGCUCCUCUGGAUCAGAUCUGCGACUUGGCCGACAAGUACGACGCCCAAGUGUUUAUCGACGAAUGCCAUACCACCGGCUUCUUCGGCAAGACUGGCCGCGGCACCGACGAGUACCAUGGCGUGCAAGGUCGCAUCGACGUCAUCAACUCGACGCUGGGCAAAGCGUUGGGCGGCGGCACGGGCGGGUACACGACCGGGCGCCAGCAAGUGGUCGACAUGCUCCGUCAAAAGGCGCGUCCGUACUUGUUCUCCAACUCGGUGUCUCCCGUGGUCGUCGGUGCGUCGUUGAAGGUGUUUGAACUGCUCAACUCGAGCUCCGAGUACGUCGACAAGAUCCUAGCCAACACCCAUCGGUUCCGCGACCGCAUGGCCGACGCGGGCUUUACCGUCUCCGGUGCCAGAAACCACGCGAUCGCCGCCGUCAUGAUUGGAGACGCGCGGCUGGCGUCCAAGUUGGCCGACGACAUGCUCCAAAGAGGCAUUUACGUGAUUGGCUUUAGCUACCCCGUCGUGCCCCAAGGCAAGGCGCGUAUCCGUGUCCAGCUGUCGGCGGCGCACUCGCUGGAAGACGUCGACAAGUGCGUGGACGCGUUCAUUGCGUGCGGCAAGGCCAACCAUGUCAUCUAAAAGUCAAUAUACUUUGCCCAUGCAACCUACACUCUGUAGAUCUAAC